UAUUCGAUCAUAAAAAUGCGACAAUCAGCGUGCGACACCGUUUGUCAACAAGUCAGAAGCAAAGAAAAGAAAACCGAAAAAUGAAAGAAGAAGCCAAGAACCCCAGUGAAUAUUUACAAAAAGAUUCUGAUGAUGCAGCAGUGGAUCAGCUGAGCAGUGUUCACCGAGGAGCCGUUUGGGAGCCGAAAGAGUCGUGUCUUUCAAGGAAGAGCGCUAAUACGAUGAUGAGUGUGUCCCACCUUCAGGCCUCCAUCAUGGGGUCUACCCCCAGCCCUCCUCCUCCUCCUCCUCCUGUGGUUCCCCCCAUCAAUCGAUGGGUGAAGGUGGGGUCUGCUCGGCGGGGCGUGGACCUCCUUGGCUCCCAGCUGGAGCCUGGCUGGAGAGAAAGCGCAUCAUCACAAGAAAAGGCUGUACCACCGGAAAUAUUCUACUCGUCUUCAAAGUAAAAGCAUGGCAAGCGCCGACCGGACGUGCUGCCGUACGCUCUCGGGUAACUUACCCAGCAAAACCCGGCGCUCAAGCAUUCUCAUCAGCUCGGCAGCUGUUGCCAUUCCACUCAGCAGCCCCACGGACACGACGACAAGAUGACUCCGUGGACACCAACAUAAAGACACACGUCACUGACAAAUUCACAUACACAUAUAAAAUAUACAUAUAUAUAUUUUUGAGAGGACACAAAGUUAACAAAUCAAUGGUACAGAAAAGUAGCAUGUCCAGGACGCCUUCGACCUCGACUCAGGAGAUCCAAAUGGACAUGUUCGACCCCCAUCCUCAAUCACAGGGCAAGUACGCCAAGAGGAAGAGCCGCUUCAAGCGCUCGGAUGGAAGCACUUCAUCUGACACCACCUCCAACAGCUUCGUCCGCCAGGGCUCGGCCGACUCCUACACGAGCCGGCCGUCGGAUUCCGACGUGUCCCUGGAGGAGGACCCCGAGGCUCUGAGGAAGGAAGCGGACCGGCAGGCCCUCGCCACGCUCGAGAAAGCAAAGACCAAACCUGUGGCGUUUGCCGUGCGGACUAAUGUCGGAUACAACCCCGGUCCCAGCGAUGACGUUCCCGUGCAGGGCAUGGCCAUAUCCUUCGAAGCCAAAGACUUCUUACAUAUUAAAGAGAAGUACAAUAACGACUGGUGGAUCGGGCGCCUGGUGAAAGAGGGCUGCGAGGUGGGCUUCAUCCCCAGUCCGGUCAAACUGGAGAACACGCGCCUCCUGCAGGAGCAGCGGAUGAGGCAGAACCGACUCAGCUCCAGUAAAUCCGGAGGAAGCUCCAGUCUGGAUGUUGCCACGGGAACCCGCAGGCCCACCCCGCCCGGCACAGCGCACGUGGACACGUCCACGGUGACCUUUGACGUAGACCCCCUCGACCUGGAUGCCGAGGAGCUCCCUGAGUCGCAGGGUGACCCUCGCUCCCCCAAGGGCAUGUCCGGCAGCGUGACGUCACCUCAGGCCAACACGCACCGGCUGCCCUUCUUUAAGAAGAUGGAGCACGUGCCCCCCUAUGAUGUGGUGCCCUCCAUGAGACCCAUCAUCCUGGUCGGGCCGUCGCUGAAAGGCUACGAGGUGACCGACAUGAUGCAGAAGGCUCUCUUUGACUUCCUGAAACACAAGUUUGAGGGAAGGAUAUCCAUCACGCGGGUGACGGCGGACAUCUCGCUGGCCAAGCGCUCCGUCCUCAACAAUCCCAGCAAGCACACCAUCAUCGAACGCUCCAGCACCCGAUCCAGCCUGGCUGAGGUCCAGAGCGAGAUUGAACGCAUCUUCGAGCUGGCCCGCACGCUGCAGCUGGUGGCUCUGGAUGCCGACACCAUCAACCACCCGUCCCAGCUGGCUAAGACCUCGCUGGCGCCCAUCAUCGUCUACAUCAAAAUAGCCUCACCUAAGGUUCUGCAGAGGCUCAUCAAAUCCAGAGGGAAAUCCCAAGCCAAACAUCUCAACGUGCAGAUGGUGGCGGCCGACAAGUUGGCUCAAUGCCCCCCUGAACUGUUUGACAUCAUCCUGGACGAGAACCAACUGGAAGACGCCUGCGAGCACCUGGCCGACUACCUGGAGGCCUACUGGAAGGCCACCCACCCCCCGAGCAGCAAUCCGCCCAACCCCCUGCUCAACCGCACCAUGGCCACGGCGGCGCUGGCCGCCUCGCCCGAGCCCGUCUCCAACCUGCAGGGCCCCAACUUGGUGCACAGUGAGCCCCCCAAGCGGGAAGGCACGGACAGCGGCGGGAGCGGCCCCCUACAUGACUACCACGGCGACCUGGGAGGGAAACCUCAGCAACAGCAGCAGCAGCAGCAGCAAGCGUACCUUCGCUCCUCCCGCGGCCAGCUGAGAGCAGGAAGUGGGCGGGGCCUAUCCAGACAAGACACCUUUGACUCAGAGACACAAGGGAGCCGGGACUCGGCCUACACCGAAGCGGGCGACUCCUGCAUGGACAUUGAAACCGACCCCUAUGAAGAACCGGAGCCCUACCGAGGAGGCGGCGGCGGUGGCGGCGGCGGGAGCCGUCUGCACCUGGCGCAACACCACGGGCGCCAGGCCUCCUGGGAGGACGAGGGCGCCGAGCCGGAUCAGGAGAACCUCAACCAGGCUCCGGCGCCGAGCCAGGGGCAGAUUCACGGGCGCGCCAAGCUGAGGGAGCGCUACUGCCAGGACCCGGUUGACACGGGGGCCGGCAAGGGCCGCAACAAGAACCAGGACGACUGGGGCAGGGACGUCUACAUCCGUUGAUGCCGAGGAGAGAACGAAGCAGGACAACAAAUGUUUACAUCCGAUGUAAAAAAAAAAAAAAAAAAAAACACGUACACGCUCACAGUAGAUUUACGUUCGACUAAAUUGGGUUUUACACUGCAUGAAUGUUACGAUUGUGGUCCAUAUGACGCUCCUUCAAAAACUGCAGUAUAGAAUGUGAGGGCAGCUUCAUCAUCAACGUCCUCCAAAGUCUUAAACAGGGUCUUCAUCAGAUUCAUCAUAUCACCCCCCCCGCCCCCGCCUUCACCCCAACUUACCUAGUGUGCAGUGUCAGGGUUUCUCCUCGCCUUCCAGUGCUUUUUUUCUUUUGGUUUCAAAUCUCAGGCCGAGUGAGAGAUCUGCACGCUCCGCUUCUUAUCACCUGGACCUUAAAAAAAAAAAAACUGGUGAAGUCGCUAAAUAUUUCAUUUUUUUGUUGUUUUUUUUGCAACACUCGGCUCAAACAAAGACUCCAAAGACUCAUGACUAGCGCUACAGCCCCCCCUCACACCACCACCCUGCCGUAACAACUCCAAAUCACAAGUGCCGGAAGGUCUCGCCAAGCCAUGUCCGCCGCCGCCACGGUGGGAUGUCUUAACUCUUACACUCCUUCUUCCCAUGACAGAUGAUGCGUCACCAUGUCACAACUUGCUUUUUUUUUUUUUUUUCAAUACAAUUUACUUUUGCGCUUAAAUUAUCUUAAAUUCACCCCCAAAAACAGCCCACUUUUUUGGAUUUAUUUCUUUGUUGCCUUUUUCCAAAGCUCCCAUUUAUGAGAGGCAUAUCCAAUAGAAUCAUAAUGGAAAAUUAAUUUCCCUCCCUCGGCCCUAUUUCUGUCUUCAGUUGAAUAAAUAUUAAAUAAUGUUAUUGUUGCGUUAUCGCAAUUGUUUUAAAAAAACAAAUAACAACAUAACAUGUAUUAUUGGUGCCUGAUUGUAGCUACAUUUUGCUUUUUUUCUGCCUUUCAUUUUUAAUCUGUGGAUAAAUUCGUAUUUUAAUUAAAAAUGUCAGCAGAAAAUGCCAUUGUGUCAUUUUAUU